UAGGAAUGAUCCACACAGCAACUUCUUCGAUUACAAUUUUCAAUUGCAAUCACAACACAAGCCUUUCCCUUUCUUCAUUUUUGUUUUUCUUUUUCAUUUCUGAUUAUAUUAUUAUAUCUAUGGAGUGGUGAUAUGAAGCAUACAUAGCAGAAGCAGGAACAUCAUAUAAGUCUCCCACACCUUCUUUCUUUCUUUCUUCUUUCUUUCUUAUUAUUGCCUAUUUAACAUUCCAACCACACCCACUUGUUUUCUUUCUUCCAAUCCGUCUCACCAGAUGUGCCACGACGACGACUGGGUCAACCUCGCCGUCGCCGACGAUUCCCUCGUCGUCAACCUUCUCCUCCGCCUCCGCCGCACUCCUCCUCUUCCGCCGCCGCCGCCGUCUCUUCACCUCCACUGGACCGUGCGUCAGCGCCGCUCAAGAUCCGCCCGCAGACACGCCGCCGCCGCGUCGCACAAAAAACAGGACUCCACCAGAGCCAGCCCCACCACGCCGCUCUCCUGGAGCGGCGCCACGUCAGCGAGCGGCGGCAACCUGGACGGUUACGAGGAGUCCAGCCGCCUAACCACUCUACCCCAAACCUCAAGAUCUAAGGUUACUAAUCCCAGUGAAACAGCCACUACCAGAAAGUCAAGAAGAAAAAAGACCUUAGCUGAACUAAAAGAUGAGGAGGAUUUGUUGUUGAAGGAAAGAAGAAGUUUGAAAAAAGAACUGGCGUCCUUGCGUCUGACUGUUGAGAAACAUAGAACAACAAAUGAAAGCUUAAAGAGAAUUAAGCUUGAUUUUGUGUCACGGCAAAACUCUAGUGCAGCUGUGAGUGGCCCAUCUCAGUUUGCAACGUCAGAGUGUCAUUCAUCUAAUUCAGCCUCCCCAGACACUGUCACACAUGACGUUUCACCUGUUUCUGCAGCAAAUGCUUCUCCCAAAGCACAAGACAAUGGUAACCAAGAAUCUACAUUCGUGCUUCCUGAUCUAAAUUUGCCCGUUGAUGAUGAUUUCAGCGCCAAUGCCAUGCAUUGAAUUAGCUUACCUAAUAAAAAGAUAAAAUCACCAGUGACAUUCAUUCAGCUUGCAACUGUGCCUAAUAGUGAUAGUACAAGGAAUAGCACGUCAGUUCUAACAAAGUAAGUUUUGCUAAUGUAAUUGUAGAUGUUAAACCAUUCACAUUUCCCACUUGGUCAAAACUGAUGUGGAAAUUGUUUUUUUCUUUUCAUUCAUGAAACUGAGGGUAGUGUAGAAAUCCUAACAGAUCAGGUGUAGUUCCAUUUUUUUUCCCUUCACAGGUUUCUACAUUGUCCAAAAUUCUUUCUGGCAACCCUCGAUCGUCCUUUAUUAUAGAUAUAUUUCCUCAUUAAUGUAAUUACCUGUUCUACAUAGAUAAUUCAAGAAUUUUGGUUCUUGUGGUCA